AUGCCACAACUGCUUUUUUCCAAUAAUCCUCGUGUGAUGGUUGUGGCAACUCCUUCACGACAAGAACAACAAGCGUGGCAUACUGAAGAGAAUCGUCAGAAAGAAACUGAAAGAGAAGAAGAUCAUGAGAUAAGUCGGGUUAAUUCUGACAUGGACUUCUUUGCAGAUGAAUGUUCCUCCGCUACCGUUGCUUCUGCGUCUCUCUGUACUGUCAACGCCAAUCAGUAUGGGGAUGAUAAAGAAAAAUGUCAAACAUUACGAAAGAAAUCACAGACAAUUCAUAAUAAAGAAAAGAAUCCUGGCAAUAUGUCGGUAGGAUGUGAUGUAUGCUUAAAACUUGGAGCUGUUAAAUCUCUAGAAGGUGAAGAGAGAUAUGUAAUUCACAUUCCGUUGGCUUUUCAUUUCUCUACAGUAUCAUCAUCAUCAGGAACGAAAUUACCUCCAAAAAGUGGUGGUAGCAUAACAAGUAAAGUGCAGAAGGCAUAUGAAGAUGAAGAAGAAGAAAAAGAAAAAAAUGAAGAAGAAGGAGCUUCAUUUGAUAGAGGUGCAGCUUGGUCAGGAGGAUGUAAUGAGAUGCUAAUGAUGUGUGAAGAAACAUCUCCAUGCGAUGACGAGGCAGCACAUUCUUCCUAUAAUAUGAGUAAGAGCAGCAGUCUCUACCGUUCACCCUUGAUAAGAAAAAAAGGAAUUACAACAGAAAAAAAUGUUAUUCAAAUUCAUAAUCCCCAUAUGAAUAAUGAUGUUACCAUGAAUCCUUCUGCUAAACGAUUUAUAAAUGUAGAAACACCAGUUUAUACCAUAAAUCUACCUCAGAAUUUUGUGCUCAGUCUUCGACUACCGUCAGAUACGGAGAAAAAACUCUUACAGUGGCAUAAAAGGGAAAUGACGAUAUUUCCUCCACCACCAGCAUGGCUUAGAGCCUUCUUGUAUACUAGAAGGUUGCGAAACUAUAUUUUUUCUCAAUCCCCCUCCGUUGUAUCUCCAAUAAUGCACCGAGAAGCGGAAGAAGAAGAAGAAGAAGAAGAGGUAAGUGCUAUCUCAACGCUUGAAGGUCUCUGUAUUGUGGCUCUUAACAUUGUGGCCCAGAUGGGACAUAUGCAACGGCAAAGGAUGCGACAAGAAGAGAAUGUGAAUGAAAUAACAACAGCCCAGCGUUGUUUAUUAAGUGAUGGAGGUAUUUUCUCUAAUAUGCAGGAAGAACAGAUACGACGAUGGCUCCAGCGAUAUAUGCCUCUUGGUUCCUACAAUGGUAAUGAAGAUAUAAACAUAUAUGGUAGAGAACGGCAUCAAGUCCCUUUAUGGCCAUCUGCUGUAUGUGUUGUUUUUCAUAUCUCUCUUGAUAUUGCACGAGUAUUAUUCCCUUCACUUUUGACAGGUCUUGAAUCUACUAUAGUUGCUGCACUGCAACCUCUCCUUGAGGCACGGGGUAUGGAUUCGAUAAAGGAAUUUUCUAUUGGUUGUUUUUCUUCUAAUUCUCCCAAUUGUUGCUUAAAUUCCUCUUCACUAUGGCAAUUACCUGAUCGCAGACAAGCUGUUGUGUUGUUGACACAAAGGCCAACAUCAUGGUGGGAAUGGUGGAGAGAAACUGAGAGAGAUGACGAUAGCAGCUAUAAUGGAUCAUGUUAUAACACUGUUGUUUCUGCAUCACGAGGUUUUGGAGCUCUUAGAGUGUUACAGUAUUUUACACUUCUUUACCCAAAACCUACUGCAAGUUAUAUGCAAUGGGUAUUAGAUGAAAAAGAAACGUUGGAAGUGGCACAGUUUCUAUUAGCUGGACCUUCUUUAUUUACUGGAAUCCUGAUGGACCGUGAAGUUACAGGAGUCCUUGAGCGUGCUUUUAAGGAAAUUCUUCAGAAUCGUUGUGUACCGCUAGAUCAGCAGUAUCAUAAUGAACAAACAGAUUUGUUUCAACCACAAGUAACGUGUACCUUGAUGCGUUGUUUUAUUCUUUUGAUUUGUUGGCUGGCCUUUCGACCAGAAGGGUACUCACAGUCAUUAGCACAGAAUUAUUUGGGUUCACUUCUUCACCUUGCCAUAACUCAGCAACCACGGCAAGGAGUUCAACAAGGUGGAAAGGAGGAUGAUGAAACUGUUUUAUUAGGGAUUUGUUGUCACAAAUACUUCUCACUUGUCUCUGCGCUCAUCCGAAGUCUACGCGAGCAAUGUGGAACGAGACGCUCUAGUAGUAAUCUUGCAAAUCCCUCAAGAGUUAAUCCAUGGCGACAACUUCGCUAUGGUGAAAGGAUGGGCCGUGUUUUUGCAGGUGAUGAUGAUUGUACAUCGAAUACUUCACGUAGUCACCGCUCUAUCGGAUCAUUUCAUUCUACCAAUACUGGGGUAGAGACUGCUGUGGCACCAAAGGAACAAAUCCCAACAAUUCGUAAUAUUAUUAAUACUAAUAUUAGUAAUACGAGUAAAAUUAUUGAUUGUGAUGCCCUUUUUUCGUCUCGAGAACUUCAUACACUACGUCAUAAUAUUAGAGAGCUCCGUCGUGUGCUUCGAGUACUCGAAACGGACGUAUUUAAGGGAUGUGAAGGUCAUUUAACUACGGAUACUUUUGGUGACGGAUCUGUUGAUGUUGUUGCUGGUACUAAACGGCGCCGUGAAGAAGACGGACCCGAGAAAGAAACAGAAGAGGAAAAAGAAAAUGUGCGUUUUAACUCACAAAACCGUCGUUGUGGGAAGGGACCUGGAGUGUCGCCCUAUUUUGCUCAUCACUUGUUUGGUAAUCCAGAGAGUGCUAUUUGGGAGUGGCAUGUUGAGUGCAGCGAGUCCAGUGGAGAUGACGUCACUGAGACUUCGGCCAGCAGCAGCAGCAGCAGCAGUGGCAGUGGCCGCAAGUAA